AUGGCUAUCACUCCAGACGUUGACGCCGCUACAGCACUCAAAAAUAAAGGCAACAAGGCGUUCGCACAGCAUGAUUGGGCCGGCGCAGUGGAUCUAUACACACAAGCGAUAGAGAAGAACGACAGAGAUCCCUCAUUCUUUUGCAAUCGUGCUCAGGCAAACAUCAAGCUCGAAUCUUAUGGCUAUGCAGUCGCAGAUGCUACUCACGCGAUAGACCUCGAUCCAAACUAUAUCAAAGCCUACUGGCGGCGAGCAGUCGCGAACACCGCAAUUCUAAACUCUCGUGAGGCGCUGAGAGACUUCAAAACCGUCGUGAAGAAGGAGCCGAACAACAAAGAUGCGAAGCUCAAGCUUGCAGAAUGCGAGAAACUGGUACGGAGGGUGGAGUUCUUUAAAGCGAUCGAGGUUGGGGAUCCGCCAUCUGCAUUCGAAGGUCUUGAUAUCGAGUCGAUGGAGGUUGAUGCAAGCUAUGACGGUGUCAAACUCGAAAACGAAAUGACGCAAGAGUUCAUCAAUGAUAUGAUCACGAGAUUCAAGAAUGGCAAAAAACUACCCAAGAAAUAUGUCUUCCAGAUAGUUCAGGCAGUUCGGAAUAUUGUCUAUGAUGAGCCAACUAUGGUUGAGAUGGAGAUAGAACCAGCCACGACGUUGACAGUAUGCGGCGACACCCACGGGCAAUACUUCGACCUGCUUGAGAUUUUCCGGUUGAACGGCUUCCCGGACGAGAAGCACGCCUACCUCUUCAACGGCGACUUCGUGGAUCGAGGGUCCUGGUCGACGGAGAUAGCAUUACUGCUGUACGCCUAUAAAUGGUUGCGCCCGAAAAUGUUCUUCCUGAACAGAGGAAACCACGAGACAGACGAUAUGAACAGAGUGUACGGCUUCGAAGGGGAAUGCAAAGCUAAGUACAAUGAGAGGGUGUUCAAAGUGUUCUCGGAAUCUUUCUCCGCGUUGCCACUUGCCACUUUGGUUGGCAAAAAGUAUCUUACGCUUCAUGGCGGUCUUUUCAGUGAUGACAAUACAGGCUUAGAUGACAUCCGAAAGCUAGACAGACACGUUCAGAGACAGCCGGGUCAGCAAGGGCUAAUGAUGGAGAUGCUAUGGACGGAUCCACAACCACAGAAUGGCAGAGGACCGAGUAAGAGAGGGGUCGGCCUUCAAUUCGGACCGGAUGUGACCAAGAGAUUCUGCGAGAAAAAUGGCUUGGAAGCUGUCAUCAGGAGUCACGAGGUCAGGAUGGAGGGUUAUGAGGUAGAGCACGACGGGAAAUGUGUAACCGUCUUCUCUGCACCGAAAUAUUGCGAUGCGACUGAGAACAAGGGAGCAUAUAUCAAUAUCGGCCCUGACCUCAAACUGCAGUACCACAAAUUCGACGCUGUUCCUCAUCCCGAUAUCAAACCAAUGGCCUAUGCACAGAGUUCGAUCAUGUCGAUGAUGUAA